AUGGACAUGUCUCCCAAAUCAAGCGACGGCGAGAAAAAGGAUGGACUUUUGGUGGAGACGGAUCCCAUGGAAGUUGUUGCCUCUUCUUCUCUGCUGGGGAAGCGCAAGGUCGAAAGCCCCACCUCAGAUUGUUCCGAUGACGAUGAAGAUGCGGAGGAUAGUGAUCCAAAUUGGGAUAAGGAUAGCUUUGAUGGCCGUGAAUAUCAUUCAUCUGAGGAUCAACAGGAUUAUUUGAACGACGAGGACUUUGAGAGGAGGAGCCGCUUCUACAAACGCACGGUCGUGGAGACCAAGGGUUUCUUUAAACCAUCGGAAGAUUUCCCGACCUACAUCUUGGCUGGAAUUGUCACGGUUUGGGAUCUCGAAGCAGAAGUGCAUCCAGGUGUGACCUGUCGUCAGUUCCUAGCAGAUAUGGCAUGCAUGUGUCUUGCCAAAUUCAACAGACGAAAGGAAAAAAAUGUCAAGUUCGAGAAUGUCUUGAGGGCUAACUUCCACCCUAAAGGGUCCAGGACAAAGUACUACAUCACCUUUGCCGCAAGAGAGACUGAUUCUCCUGAUGCGCCUCUUGUGGAAUAUCAGGCUAAGGCUACACGUUAUGGAGGCGAGACUUUUCCCAUACUUUGCAGGCCCACCGUACAAUAA